GCCUUCACCACCACCACCGCACACACUUUAUUCAUUCGCAAUGGCCCGCACCAAGCAAACUGCCCGCAAGUCCACCGGUGGCAAGGCCCCGCGUAAGCAACUCGCUGCCAAGUCCUCUGCACGAAAGACCGCUGCUGCCGCGGCUGGUGGUGUCAAGAAGCCUCAUCGUUUCAGGCCCGGAACCGUCGCCCUCCGUGAAAUCAGGCGUUACCAAAAGUCCACUGAGCUCCUCAUCCGCAAACUCCCCUUCCAACGACUCGUCCGUGAAAUAGCCCAGGACUUCAAGACUGACCUCCGUUUCCAAUCCUCUGCCGUCAUGGCCCUUCAGGAAGCCGCCGAGGCAUACCUCGUCUCCCUCUUUGAGGACACCAACUUGGCUGCCAUCCACGCUAAGCGUGUGACCAUCCAACCCAAGGAUCUCGCUCUCGCCAGGCGGUUACGCGGCGAGCGAUCAUAGACUCCCUGUUUUUCCUUUCUGCUUUUCUCUUGGCAUAUCUAUUGUAACAUGUAUUAUAGUGUACCAGCAUUAUCCUUAUUCAUUCCUGCAUUUCUC